GUCUCUCGCCUUACGCUAUCACGAAUUCCAGGCAAAUUUCCAACUCCGUAUAUUCUUCUAUAGUUGUUGAAAGCAGCGGAGAAGUUUCACGAAUCUUGUGAUCAACAGUAUUAACCUGUCAAGGGAGAGAAACGUUCUAUCAACAUGGGGCACCUGCGUAUAGCAAGUUACUGGGUUCUGGUGUUGAUUUCUGUAACCGUUUGUGCUCAAACUGAAACGGAAGCACCGACGACUGCGACCACCAAGCCUGCCCCGACUACUACUGUGGUCAGUUCCACGUCGACCAUCGUCUGGGAGGAGACGUUGAACGAAGGCCAAGCGAUACAGAAGGCACUGCAGUACCUGCUACAACACCGUCAGCCGGACUGGGGCUGGGGAAAUGAUACGCAUCAUGUUAUGCUUACUCUGCAGUUAGCCAACAACACUGGAAAAGAAAUUGAACAGCAAGGUCUGGAAAUGCAGCUGUCAGCUAAACAGAUGGAGAUAGAAAUACUGCUUAUGAUAUCCAAGCACCACGAGUCACCACCACCGUUAGGUCGUCUCGCAGCUUACACGCUGGCCCUCGGCGCCCUCUGCAAAGACCCUCGCUCCUUCCACGGGAGGGAUUUGGUGACCGCCCUUCUCCACCGCGAGCCCCCUCACGACCUGGAGUUUGCCUACGCGACCCUGGCUGCUUGCUCUUCAGCAGCGCAUGUCCGACGCCGUCACAUUCGUCGGUUAUUGGACAUUGCUAAUGCUGCAGCUGACCAUAGUCUUGAUACGAUAUCGAUGGUUAUAUUGGCGCUUCGGUGCGUGGUACAAGACCAUCGACACCGUAGCUUGAUCCACUUCGUGCGCCGUCCGAUGGCAGGUCUUGCGCGGCAACAGCACCCUGAUGGUAGCUUUGGAAGCCUCACCACCACCGCUCUGGCUAUACAGGCUCUCGAAGACUCCGACAGCGGCCCAGGUGCCCACCAACACUGGAGCUUACCAGCUGCAAGGAAGUGGCUAUUAGAGCGCCAGAAUUCUGACGGCGGAUGGGGAGAUGUGGCAAAGACUGCUGCAGCAGUUACAGCGCUGACUCCAGCCUCACUUGCCGCUGUACGACCUCCGCACUGUAGCGAUAAGCUGCUUGAUAGCCGUCAUGAACCAUUAGACAGUAACAACGGUGACGGCAGCGUGAAGCUGGCGUACCAGUCGGGACAGGCAGCCAACGAGUCUGAUGCUAGGAAUGUCUCCUUCACUUACACCCUCUGGUUGGGCACCAACGUUACCGACAACUUUACGCUGCAAAUGGUCGCCCCUAGAAACGUGUCAUUCUACCACGUGAUGCAAAUGGCCGCCGAUCAAAAUCCAAAAUUCAAAUUCGAGGCGAGCGAAUGGCCAAAUGGCCACUAUGUCCACACCCUGGCAGGCCAUAAGGAGGAGCCAAUGGGCUACCACUACUGGUUGCUGUACCGUCUGCCCGAGAUACCAGACCCCUCCAGCCCACCUGGCAACCAACUCGUCGCACCAGUUGGUGUGGACGACCUACUAGUCGAAGACGGUGAACACUAUCUUUUCUGGUAUAAGAAGCUGUAAAUCCUGGACUGAGCCUUGAGCCCCAUUCAUUUCCAUUUUUUGUUAAUUACAAUGAAAGGCUUAGAACAUCCCAUCCCACAAGACCUGAUUGACAUUGUUCAGUGACCAAUUAAUUUAAUUUAAAACCGGUUGCAUAUUUUUGAAAAGUCUGUCACAAAAUUUGCGAAGGUUUAUCUUCUUAUAGCUUCCGGUAGUGAUGGUAAGGUUUUCAAACUGAAUGAUUGUAAUCUCACACGUGCUGAAAGUAGCAAAAUAAUACAAAUCCAUUGUGCAGUAUCCACGGAGAGUGUGUCCGGUAAAUGUAAGAAAAACCUGACAGAUUUUUUGACAAUAUACGGUCGGGCUUUAUGCAAAAGAGGGCCAUAUUUCUAGUACAUCGCAUAACACACGAGAGCCAACCAUUGCUCUUUUAGAAACUGAUACAAGUUCUAAAAGUAUUAAUAGAGUCUAUCAUCAGCGCUGACUCUAAGCUCAUGGUUGAUACGCCAUCUGACUUUUAUGAUCAUAUUUUCAUCAUAUGCAUUUAAUUACAUAGGUUAAGAAAGACAUUUAAGUUUUAUCCGUGCAAUAUAGGCGUGAUCUUUUAAAUUUCAAACUAAACAUUAUGUUUAAUCAAAAUAUGUUUCUAAGAUCUUCAUUGCACGCAACAGAAUUUUAACAACUUGUUAGAUUCAAAGUAAGCGAAGUUCGAGUCUCUUAUGGCGGAUUACAAUAUGUAAUAUCUUCGUUAAUUAUAUAUAAUGUAUUCUUGUUAUAACUUGGAUAGG